GGUCUACAAACUUCCGUUUUGGUUAAAAGAAAUUUGCAUUCAGUGAUAUUCAAAUUUUCUUAUAUUGAGCUGUUUGUUUCACGAGAACGGCUAUUAUCGACAACAGUAUAUAUAAAACGCAACACGCGCACGCUAUGACAUAUAUCCUUGAAACAAGAAACUAAAUUUGAUAUUUCACGAGGGAAAACGUAAACGAAGUGCUUCGCAAUGACCUCAGCAAAGCGAAACACAACAAAGAUCUUUAAUGUUCAUUUGGCGCUAAGUUUAUAUGUUUUUCUUCUCGUAAUCAAUAAGGCAGAAGUCGAAGCGAAAGAACCGAUACUACAGAAAGAUGGCGACUACAUCAUUCAAGCUUUGCUACCGAUUACAAGACUAAAUGGCGUAAUGCUAGACACUUACGCUAUCGCCUCCGAAAUAGUCAGACUCACGAUAGACGAAAUAAACAAUGGCUCAGACAUCUUACAAGGGAUCGAACUUGGCUACGAAAUCGUGAACGACAAACUCGACUUGGAUCUAAUUAUGAAGAGAACUGUUAGCACCGUUUCAAAAUAUCGCCCUGAUUCCAUUUGUCGCGAGGACGAAGAAUUCUGUACACCCGAUCAAAAGUUGGGCGCCUUUAUCGACAAGCGUGUUACAGCGGUAAUCGGCCCAGCCACAUCAGGUUCCUCGGUUCCAUCAGCAAGUCUUCUUGGCUUGUACAACAUACCACAGGUCGGCUACUCCGCUUCGUCGAAAAUCCUGAGCGAUAAAUCUAGAUUCAAGUCAUUCCUAAGAACGAUUCCAUCGGACAAGUAUCAGGCCGAAGCAAUCGCAUCGUUUGUCAAAUACUUCGGCUGGAAUUACGUGUUUUUUAUCGGCUCUGACGAUGAAUAUGGAAGACAAGGACUGGCAUCUUUCAAAACAGCAGCAAGAAAGCUUAAGGUUUGUACAGCUGACGAUGCUAACAUACCAUUUCAACGAGAAGACGAUGCUGCUAAACAGGUGAAGCAAAUCAUACAAGAUAUGAAGAAAAUGUCUCAUGUGCAAGUGGCGAUUUUGUUUAUGUUCGACUCGCAAACGCAAAAGGUUUUAAAAGAAGCUGAAAGGCAAGGACUACGAAAUGUAACCUGGAUUCUAAGCGAUGCAACUGGCACGAAUAUUGCGAAUGCGGAUAUCAAUAAAUCGUUGUUGAACGGUGCCUUUGGCGUUGACUUUGUUUACAAAGAACUCCCUGAAAUUAAAAAGCAUCUUCAGAGCGUCACAGUAGAGACAGCAGCCGCGCAUAAUCCAUGGUUACUUAGACUUAUGGAGAAUGUUUUGAACUGCAGCAAACAAGGGUUGGCUGGCAAAAGAAGAUGCGAUAAGAACGAGAAAUUUGGAAAAAAGUUGCCAAGUCUCGCGAACAGGUGGAGCAGAUUGAUUAGUAUUGUGAACAGUGUAAAAGCUGUCGCCCACGGCUUGAACAACCUGUUACUAUGCAAAGGACGGUUACCCAGUGGCCUUUGUGCGAAUACUAGCCUUCCGUUAAAGGGAAAAGAUUUAUACGCCUAUAUGCAAAACGCAACGUUUACUGGGGCUAUGGGCGAGCAUGUCUCCUUCGACGAAAGCGGUGAUUUAUUUGCCAAAAAGUACACGUUUCGCAACGUGUUGUAUGAUCCCGAGAACGAUACGUUGGAAUUCAAAGUGGUCGCAAAAUGGUCGUCAACUCAACCCGCACGUCCGAUUUUCCUUAAAAACGGGCAGGGACAUGAUCUCACAUGGAUCCAGGGAGAGGUUCCUUCCGCAACAUGCAGUCAGGCGUGCCAGCCUGGACAAAAACAGGUGGGGCAGAGUGACUGCUGCUGGGCGUGUCAUCCUUGCCCCAAGGGGGAAAUCAGCAACACUACAGGAGCAACUGUUUGCCACAGAUGUCCCUCGGGGUCGUACGCCAACGACGAUCAAACGGAAUGCCUAAUGACAGAGAUUGACUACAUUCAACCAAGCGAUGCAUUCUCUAUCGUCAUCAUAACUAUCAGUUGUUUUGGUCUGGUUGCCAUGGUUAUUGUAGCCGCAUUGUUCUUCUACGUCAAAGACACGCCGCUGGUUCAAGACUCGAACCCAAUUCUCCUGGGCCUUCUCCUUCUCUCGGCCGCACUCGGCUUCCUAUAUGCCAUAUUCCAGGUGUCGCUUUAUCGGAACGACGACGCUUGCCGAUUCCUGAACGGAUUUCUUCUCUUCGUUGUUCUUCUCGUCGGCAGCACGUUACUGGCCAAAACAAAAACAUGCGAAUUAUAUCUCAAGAAAUACGCCUCAAGUUAUGCCAAGCCCGUUGCGGGCUACGCCACCCCAAUAUUAGUGGGCGCAAUAAUGCUCUUCCAACUACUGCUCGUGGGGGUCUGGUUUCUAACGGACACGCCUGAGGUCACGUAUCUAAAAACGUCCCAAGCGUUGCAUAUCCGAGAGUGCAAUUCCAGCUGGACAGCGGGUCGAUUCGUCGCGACCGGGUUCCCGUUAGUCGUCCUUUUUCUCGCGACAGCUUUUGCGUUCAAAGAGCGAGAUGACAGGAAGAACCACAGCGAGGCGAAGUACCUCAGUUUCUGCACGAUUUCAAUGUGCAUUCUCCUGAUAGCUUUCUUCCCGACUUACCGUUUCGCGCAAGGAAUGACGACAAGCAUUGUCAUAGCAACGACGUCGCUCGUGGGCGCUCUAGCGGUCAGCGGUUGUAUAAUUCUACCCAAAGUCUACAUCCUCGUGGUUCAACCCGAACGAAAUGUCCCGGAAGAGGAACGCGAGAGAAGCCACAAUACCGUGAGUUCAGCGCACACGGCGGGAAGUCAACAUCAGCCCGUGUUUUCGGAGACUGUGGAAGAGUUACGGCCGCCUAAUGACGUGGAGUUUAUGUCCUCCGUAUCAAGUGCACACGAAGCUGUGAAAGACGUUCCAGUUAUUUGAUUACGUUCAGUGUCCAGGGAUUGUUAGCUUAGCUUAUUAUGACGACUAAAUACAUUUUUAGGUACAACAAACUUGACAGGAUUCUUCGCAAAUAGGGAAGACGUUUGAAUAUGCUUGUAAUAGUUUCUAUUUAUUACCAGAAUUUCGUAUUGUUCACUCCAGUUGUUACUGAAGAUCACUUUAUACUUUUAGAUGUUAUAAAAAGAUUAUAAAUCUAACAUUCGUUGAACUUUAAGAAACACGCAUGAUUUGGGUAAAGGUUUAGUUUGUACAGAUAUAUUUAAUAAUUCUAGCUGUUGUUCCACCAUUGUAAGUAAUGUUGUUUGUUUAUUCAAAGUGUGUAUGUUACUGUAGGUGAACCAAAACGCUGUGAUAUUGUUUAUGCAAUCAGGAUACGUUGAAAUAAACUUUUGAAAAUUACAAGAACGGUGUUAAUAUGUAACAUGUCUGGUUACGUUUUCAAAACAUUCGGGGGUGUUUGCUGACGUGACACGCAAAAGGUUUGAAUGUGUGGUGUGGUUUGAGUUGCUUUCAUCAAAAUUAGACAUUGAUUCUUUUCCCGCGCAUUGUCGAGAUCCGGCGUCAAUAUACUUCCCACGAGUAAAUCACCCAUGCACAUGAUUAAUCCCUCACUAUCCUUCCUGAUACGUCAUACAAUACCCUGAUAUCCGUUGACACCCU